AUGUCAGGAGUGAACAGCUCAACAGUGGACAACCAGCUUGGGAAUAAAUGCUUGGCCAACGGUGAGGAGCAAUUUCAGCACUAUGGACAGUUCACUCCCAGUGUCUCCAUAUUGCUGGCGGUUCUCAUGAUCCUCAUGGUGCUAGCAACCCUCCUGGGCAAUGCUCUGGUCAUUUUGGCUUUUGUGGUGGAUAAAGGGUUAAGGACUCAAGGAAAUUUCUUCUUCCUCAACCUGGCCAUUGCCGAUUUCUUAGUGGGUGGGUUCUGCAUCCCUCUCUAUAUCCCCUAUGUCCUGACGGGGCAGUGGACAUUUGGGAAAGGAUUGUGCAAGUUGUGGCUGGUCAUGGACUAUCUGCUCUGCACUGCCUCCGUCUUCAACAUUGUCCUCAUCAGCUACGACAGAUUCAUCUCAGUCACCAAGGCGGUGUCCUACAGAGCCCAAAAAGGAAUGACUAGAAAUGCAGUUCUAAAAAUGUUGACUGUCUGGGUGGCCGCCUUCCUUCUCUAUGGUCCAGCUAUCAUCAGUUGGGAGUACAUAGCAAGAGCCACCAUCUUACCCGAAGGAGAAUGUUACGUGGAAUUUUAUUACAACUGGUAUUUCCUGAUGAUCGCCUCGACAGUAGAGUUCUUCACGCCAUUUAUCAGCGUCACCUAUUUCAAUCUGAGUAUCUACAUCAAUAUAAAGAAGAGGACCAUGAUGAGGAACGAAGAAUUGGCCCAAGGCCAGGAACACUGUGAGAUGAGUUUCCAGAGGAAGAAGAAAGAACACCUUAUUUUUUUUGUAAAACCAGCUGAAAGGCCUCAAACUGAUGCGAAGAAACAGACCACCUGUUUGAUAUCCUCUGAGACUUGUCCUGCAGGUCAGAGGUCCCAAAGACUCAAGAGCCACACAUUGGACCUCAAUAUAAGCCAGGAUCUUCCACCUUUACAAGUCGAAGUUCAGACCAAGAAGCAUCAAGACUGUUUUUACAAAACGGUGGAAAAUGCUUGUAGUAACGUCAGGACAGACAUGGCUAGUAGCAUCGCCAAUAGGUUUAGACUUUCGAGAGACAAGAGAGUAGCCAAGUCCUUGGCCAUUAUCGUAUGUGUCUUUGGCCUUUGCUGGGCGCCCUACACACUGUUGAUGAUUAUCAGGGCAGCUUGCCAUGGACGUUGCGUUCAGCACUACCUCUAUGAGAUCUCCUUUUGGCUCCUCUGGUUAAAUUCUGCCAUCAACCCAGUACUUUACCCCCUCUGCCAUAUGAGUUUCAGGAAAGCCUUCAUAAAGCUGCUUUGUCCUGGAAAAGUCAAAAUACAUCCUCAUAUUUUUAUGUAG